AUGUCUCGCCCAAUCUCACAGGUCCAACGGCCACUGUCCCUCACAGAGGAGCUGGAGAAACUAGAGCAAUCCAUCACCCUGACACUUCAAGGUAAAACCCCCACCAAGAAAAAGAGUAAACAAAACAGCCUGGCAGCCAGCUUAUCAUUCUUUGAUCUAGAAAUCGACCAAAACUUCAGUCAGGCCCACCGGAUAGUGACAACGAGUAUUCUGCCGCUGGUUGAGCAGUACACCGAGCAUUCCAGAGAUGUUUGGGAAGGCUCCAAGUUCUGGAAGCAAUUCUUCGAAGCCAGCGCCAAUGUAUCUUUAUCAGGCUACGAGGAACGCAACAAUGACGAAGAAACAGUGCAAGAGCCGACAGCCACGGAAGAGGAGUUAUCCACCGACAUCACGCAAAGCACCAGCCUUGACGAGACCUUGACACACGAUACACCCUCUUCCCAGCGCCAUGAAACCCCACGCCGUGAUCAAGGAGAUGAUUUGGACCUGACAGAUCUUGCGAUCUCAUCGCACAGCACCCCGCGUGCUCCAGGCCACGCCCACCAGGCUGACGACGACCUAACUACUUCCUCAAUGGACUAUUCCUCCUCAUAUGAGAAUCUAAGAAAGCAGGUCAACGAGUCCGAAGCACCAUUCGACCUCCCUGAUUCAUCUACCCUUCCAUCAACACCCGGCCGCGAGCCCUUCUUCCCUCGCGGCGUCUCCGCCUCAACCCCGAUGUCUUCGCCAUUCCUCCCGCCCGCAUCCCAACCACCUACCCAAGACAACCGGUACCAAAAGACAUCCGACCCAGUACUCCACCAAAUGCUCGACAGGACAUACCGAGUCCAAGCCACGCCUCUAGGAAAGGGCUUCCGCAAUGUCGGCGGAGGCACCGAUACUCGAUCCAAGUUCAAUAUCACCCCGAAGCAGGCCGAGCCCGCUUCCAAAUACGGCUAUGACGACUCUCCUAUUUCCAGUCCGGAGCCCGAGGCCCCUCAGCUUCACUCGGAGAUCUUUUCGUCGCCUAUCAAGGGCGUCAAUACACCAGGCACGAAUCGCAAGCGUCGAACCAGUAGCAAUCGCAUGCGCGAACCCCCUCGUCCCGGCAUGAGUGUUCUCACUCCUGCUAAAAAGUCAGCUGGCAAGUCGGCUAUGUGGGAUAGUGAUGAGGAUCUGGAUUACGACGAUGAGGAUCUCGGGCCCAGUCCGCCUAAAACCAUGCAAUUCCAUAUUCCACAGAGUAGGCUCAUGCGAACGCCUGCGAGGGAAGCUUCUAAGCGCAUUGUGACGGAUUUGCUGGCCACUGCUGGGGCUGGAGAUGUGACGGAUGACUUCGGUGAUGAUCAAAGCCCGAGUGUCAUUCGCCGAAUGGAGAAUCUGGAGGACGAAACCUUCUGA